AUGCUCGGCGGACGUUACUCAUUUUCAAUAUUUCUCACUUUCGCUCCUUUUCAGGGGCUGGCGAAAACAUGCUUUGCCCCAGAUGGCUCCGUCGCCGACCACAGUUACCAACCGUGCAUUGCGAUCGAUGGGGUACAUUCCAUGUGCUGCUCUUUGAAUUCAACUCAUCCCGAUACAUGUCUACCGAGCGGCUUGUGUCUGAGUAGCACAGACAGCACCUUUGGAGAGAACCACUGGAGGGACUUUUGUACCGACGAGACAUGGGAAAGUCCCAACUGCUUGAGCAAGACUCUAUGCAACAAAGAAGCCGGAGGAUCAUCGAGCUGGACCGCGCGACUCGUUCAAUGCGAUAACGGUGCAUACUGCUGCGGGACUGAUAAGAGUUGCUGUUUGGAAGGCACCACACUCAUGCUUGCCUCUACGCUCGUUCACAUCGGAAAUUCCUCUGUUACAACUACAACCGCAACCGCCACUGUGACCUCGAAGGCAUCAGGACCAUCGAUUGUAGCCGUUGGAGUCGGUGUUGGAGCCCCAUUGGCAGUCUUCGCCUUUGUCAUGCUUGGGGUGGGGUUUCUUUGGGGGAAGAAGAAAGCGCAGGCAAACUACAGGACCAUAGGUGUCUCCUACAACUCGGGGAAUCAUGCAAGCGAUGGAGAUCAUAUGAGCAUGGGGCUCAGACAUGGGGACCCAGGAGCGAUAUAUGAAGUCGAUGGGCAAAGAUCUCCCAGUGAGCUUCCUGGAAGCAAAGAACCAGUAUCCUGGAGAAAGCCUCCCGUUUGA